AUGGCCACGAGUUUCAAGAAGCGUGGUGCUGCUGCUGCGAGGCCCCAGCACCCGCUUGGUUCGCGUCCCUCGCUGCACAACGCACAGCUACUCGUAUCCAGUGGCGUUCCGUCCAUGGACGCUCUCCUGGGUGGGGGCUUAGCAGUGGGUACUGUUCUACUAAUAGGUAAACACAAAGUGAUCGAUGUAUUAAAUUUUGAGCUCAGUCUAACUACUGCAGAGGAAGAUGUGUUUGCCUCAUACUCUCGCCUUCUUCUCAAGAUGUUCUUAGCAGAAGGGGUCAUGUGUGGACACGCUGUCUACCUUGCCUCGGCUAGUGAAGACCCAACUGAACUUCUCGGAGACUUACCGUCUGCUGUUGGUGAAGAAGAGAAAAAGGAAUCUGGGCCUGUCCUGGAUACCAGUCCCACUGUCCCGGGUUCCAAGAAAGCGGACCAAAUGAAAAUCGCAUGGAGGUACCAGAAUCUUCCAAAAGUUCAGUCGUCCUUCAGCAACAGAUUUGGCCAUUUCUUUGAUCUCACAUCUUUAAUGGAUCCGAGUAGACUGGCAUCCAUUGACAUGACAACCUUUGAUGUUUCGAGGCAGCUGGCAGCCAGAAACUCGACCGACUUAUAUAGAUCCCUGAAAACCCAAAUCCAGUCCAAGAUCAAGAGCGGGGAUUUCUCAGUUGAUUCUCAAAACUCUCUUCAGCAGCGAAAUGUUCUCAGAAUUGCUCUGCAUUCCCUUGGCUCUCCCCUGUGGCUGGACGAGGGUUCAUCAGAGUCCCCUCACUCCCUCCCUCCUCCCCCAUCUCCCACCCUCCCCCAGUUUCUACACUCACUUCGAGGACUCCUUCGCAGAGCCUAUGCUGUGGCUCUGGUUACCGUCCCAACACACCUCAUGCAGGAUUCUGUGUACGUCAGACAAAUAGAGAGGCUGUGUGACUCGGCUGUCAGGAUCAUCUCCUUUGCUGGAUCUGAACCAAACCCUCUCUUCCAAGACUACCACGGUCUCUUCCAACUGGUGAAGCUGCCAUGUCUCAACUCACUGACCUCUCACCUCCCUGAAACUCUGGACCUGGUGUUCAAACUCAAGAGAAAGAGCUUCUCCAUCGAAAAACGUCACCUACCACCUGAGUUCUCAGACACUGCCAGUCGCGCUCAAGAGGACGGCGAGGGUGACAAGAGGACCAGAGGUCAAGGUCCAAGAGUGGGUGUGGUCAUAGAGGGACAGGGGUCAAAGGUGGCGGAAAGAAAGUCACUCAACAAACUGUCUCAACACAACAUUGAUUUUGAGUUCACUUGCAAUGGGUCAUGUGAAGCGAGCCAUGUCAAAAUAUUUUUGAGUGUUUGUUUUUUCUCUGCAAAAUCACGUGUUUCAAAAGAGUGUAAAAUUUAUGGCAGAAAGAGAGAAUAUAAAUAA